GGGCGGGGGCCGGCGCCUAGCGGGGAGCGAGCCGCCGCCGCUGCCCGCCGCCGCCACCGCCGCCUGCGGAGCAGCGGUCUCCGCGCAGCGCCCUCGCUCUUUUCCUUCCCUCUUUCUCUCUCCUCGCGGCCCUUCCCCGCCAUGAAGCUGAGCAGCCGCGGCCGGGGAUGCUGCGUGGCCGGCAGCCGGGAGCGCGGGCCGCCGCCGCGGAGUCCCUUCGUGCACCAGCUGCGCUUCAGCCCCCUGGAGAAAACCAAGAUUGCCUUCAUGACCUUGACUCUAUUUCCUAUCCGACUCUUCUUUGCUGCUUUUAUGAUGUUGCUGGCCUGGCCUUUUGCAUUCAUUGCUUCAAUGGGAUGUGAUGAGCAAGAGCUUGAAAAGCCCCUCUCCUGGUGGCGAAAGGUGGUGGACGUUUUGCUGAAAGCUAUCAUGAGAAUGAUGUGGCUUGCUGGUGGAUUCCACUGGAUAAAUGUAAAAGGCAGACGAGCGUUGCCGGCAGAAGCAGCAAUAUUAACUGUGGCUCCCCACUCUUCUUACUUUGAUGCCAUUCCAGUAACUAUGACCUUUGCCUCCAUUGUGAUGAAAGCAGAAAGCAAAGAUAUUCCUGUCUGGGGAACUCUAAUCAAAUAUAUCCGACCAGUGUUUGUAUCUCGGUCAGACCAGGAUUCUCGCAGGAAAACUGUUGAAGAGAUAAAGAGACGUGCUCAGUCUGGUAAAUGGCCUCAGAUAAUGAUAUUCCCAGAGGGCACAUGCACAAACCGAUCCUGUCUAAUUACAUUCAAGCCUGGAGCAUUUAUUCCUGGAGUUCCUGUACAGCCAGUGGUUUUACGUUACCCAAACAAACUGGACACGAUCACAUGGACAUGGCAAGGUCCAGGAGCGUUAGAAAUUCUGUGGCUUACUUUGUGUCAGUUUCACAAUUCUGUGGAAAUUGAGUUUCUUCCUGUGUAUAUUCCUUCAGAAGAAGAAAGAAAAAAUCCAGUGUUAUAUGCCAGUAACGUCAGACGUGUAAUGGCAGAAGCGCUGGGAGUUCCAGUGACAGACUAUACAUUUGAAGACUGUCAGCUAGCUUUGGCUGAAGGACAACUUCGUCUGCCUUCAGACACGUGUCUUCUAGAAUUUGCAAAGCUUGUGAGAAGCCUUGGGCUGAAACCAGAAACACUUGAGGAUGAUCUUAAUAAAUAUGCUACGCGUGCUAUGAAAAUGAAAAAGGAGAAGGCUGAUCUUAAAGAAUUUUCAGCAUAUUUGGAAUUUCCAGUUUCGCACACAUUAGAAAACAUGUUUGCCCUUUUUGAUGAGAAUGAAGAUGGCAUAAUUGACAUUCGAGAAUUUGUCAUUGCUCUGUCAGUUGUCUGUAAGCCAUCUAAAACUCUGGAAACAAUCCAACUGGCAUUUCAGCUAUACCAAUCAGAAAAUGGUACUAUAACAGAAGAAGAUUUAGCUCAUAUUCUGAAGACUGCUAUGGGUGUGUCGCAGAUUAAUGUUACACAUCUUUUUAGGGCUGUAGAUGAAGAAGAAAAAGGAAAGAUUACAUAUGAUGACUUCUACAGAUUUGCUGAAUUGCAGCCACACUUUGCAGAAGACUAUCUCUAUCCUGAUCAGAUGGUAGCUGAGAGUGGAUUGGAGACCUCAUCUCUUUCUGCUCCAAAUGGUAUCUGUACUGACUUCAGCCCUGAAAAUGCUGAAGAUAAAAACAAGCCCCUGCAGAAGAAAUGGAACUAACACUACAACUGUUAUCUUCCUCUCCUGUUGUCUGGUAGGUUGAAACGGACUGUGGUGUGUGAUGAACUAACUGAGCGAAACAGCAAUGACGUAGGAGCUUCACCUGUGCUGUAAGUCGUGUGAUUUACUGGAAGGGAACCAAAUGAUACACUCCAAGUGUUGAUGUGCAGUGUACAAUCAUGGCUCGUUCUGCCCGACUGGACCUUUUCCUUAUUACUGGCUUGUAAAUGGAAUUUUCAUCAUGAAGCCAAAUUAAAAAUGAAGGAGAAAAUG